AACCAGCAAGAAGAUAUACCAGCAAGAUUACCUUCGAGUUUGACACGAAUCUACAAGGUUUCCAACCGUACCUUGGGUGUUGGUUCUUUUGCCGUUGAUAAGCUUUGCACGCAUAAAAGCCAGGCCAAACAUCGCAUUGAAAAUUGUCAUGAAAAAGGCUAUUGCAGCAAGUUCGACAUCCACAUUAUAUCAAUGCAUGGACUAUUCGAAGACGCGCAUGCUGUAUAUAUCGUGGCCGACCACGCCAAAGGAUCAUAUACCGAGCGAGACGCCUCGAAUCUGGUGCGACAAAUAUUAGAAGGAUUGGCUUACCUCCAUGAACACGAUGUAAACUUUGGCUUGUCAAGGAUUAUCAAAGACCAUGACGGUAUCUUGAUGACGGCAUGUGGUACACCGGGCUAUGUAGCUCCAGAAAUCCUUUUGCGCACUGGCCAUGGUACACCUGUGGAUAUAUGGAGUGUUGGCGUGAUUACAUAUACCUUACUUGGCGGAUACACGCCAAUCUGGGGAGCUGAUGAGGCCACCUUGUUUGAUAGCAUUAUUCGAGGACACUAUGAAUUCGAUGAAGAAUAUUGGAGCGAUAAUCCUGCAUCAGCAAAGCAUCUAAUAGAUUGCAUGUUGCAACUAGAUCCGGAGAAGCGGAUUACGGCGACCGAAGCAUUACAGCAUCCAUGGAUCUCACAAGGCCGUGCUAGUGCUACAGAUCUGAUAGCGAAUAUACGGAAAGGAUUCACAAAUCGUCAAUCGUUUAGAUCAUUUACAACAGCUGUCUCGCAAAGCAAUAAACAAAAUGAAAGGUCAAGCAUCUUUUUGCUCUAAACCAAGAAUACAUAAUGUGAAUGUACAAACAAAU